UUCUAAACUGAAUAUAAGUUCCUGAAGGAGAGGACCCGUAGGGUGCCUGCGGGAGUCCAUGUGACGUCAGAGAGACAGGCGCGUUAAAAGCAGAGAGCGCAUCAGGAGUGGCAUGGUUGGUUUGUGGAUGAUAGAUCACAACAUCACUACCGCUUUGGACUGCAAAUGAUGCGUUUCACCGCGUCAGAUUGACUGGACAGUAAACAUAUUCAUUAAUUCAGCGAGUCACCAACUGUCAACCGACUUGGACACCUAAGCCAUCCCCAAAAAAACAUCCCAAGGGCAUUACUGGGAAUUGGGGAGAACGGACAUUUCCCUAGCUGAUGUUUCCCAAAUACAUCGAAAGAAGAGCUGAAGAAGAGCUGAAGAGGAGCUGAAGAAGAGCUGAAGAAGAGCUGAAGAGGAGCUGAAGAGGAGCUGAAGAGGAGCUGAAGAGGAGCUGAAGCAGACUGUUCAUUACAAACCAAUAUUGGGUGCGGGCACUUUACCCGGGGUGAAAAGCAGUGCGUUUCGGUGUUGGUUUGAUUAGGUAAAAGUUACCUUUAUUCACAGAUCUAAGACAAGCAUAACCUCUCCAGAUCCCACAAUCGGAGGGGAAUUGCAAAAGCGACCUUAGAUCAACGUCUAGGAGCUACUUAAUCCUGAUGCACGGAUGAGUGACAGUUGGACGUCGUGCUCGAUCCUUUGAAGUUUGCCGACAUUCACUGAUGUUUGAUAUCAUGGCUUACCCGCAGUUAGGAUAUCCCUACUCACCCACACACCCGUUCCUCAUGAGCACGAGCUCUCUAGCCAACUGCCUCGAGCCUGGCGGAAGGUCUCUCCUGGACUCCGGUGUGAUGCCCCCCUCUCCCCAGCCUCUCCGGUGUCCAGUGUACGAGGGCAGGCUGCUCGGCUCCCCGGGCCAGGAGAUACCAACCCCGGCUAUAGGUCUGGGUGUGUAUGGAGCUGGCUAUGGAAAGAGCCAGGGGUACUAUGGCACCUGCGGAGGCGACGCAACAGCUUUAUAUGCCAGGGGAACAUUGGAGUCCAAAGAUGGAGCGGCUGCGCAUGUGGGGGCCUCUCAAACCCCUGCUUACUAUCCGUACGAUUACGCAUUUGGACAGUAUCCAUAUGACCGAUAUGGGUAUGGGUCAUCAGUGGACAGUGCAGCUGCCCGGAGGAAGAACGCUACCAGGGAGACCACCAGCACUCUGAAGGCCUGGUUGCAGGAACAUCAGAAGAACCCGUACCCCACCAAGGGAGAAAAGAUCAUGCUGGCCAUCAUCACCAAGAUGACACUCACACAGGUGUCCACGUGGUUUGCCAAUGCACGGCGGAGGCUGAAGAAGGAGAACAAAGUCACAUGGUCACCACGAGCCAAUAAGAGCUCUGACGAGAGGGGCUGUGAUGAUGACAGCGACAGUGCAGAGGGAUCACAAGAGGAAGAGCCAAUCAAAAGCGAGAUAGAUGUUGAUGAUUCUGUAACAGCGAGGUGUGUGGACCUACAACAGAGUGAUCUGGAGGACUUUGAUCUGCUUGAGUCGGAUGGUUCUGACUGUGACCCUAAACACCAGUUUCACACCAAGGACACCCCAGUACACACACCACCGGACCACCACCACCACCCCAAAGACCCUUCUACCAGCCCACUCAGACAUACCCCAGACACAUCCCGACACGGGAACAAGCGGUUGCCACUGUCAGCAGACUGUCCUAAACACACACCAGAGCACAACCGAACAACCAACUCAUUCUACACUCAACAGGACCUGCAAAGUACAGAGAGCAGCAAACCUAAAAUCUGGUCCAUCGCACAAACUGCUGCUAUCCAACCUGAAUUCCCUGCAUGCAUGCACACAGCCACCCCCAGCGAGUCUCUCUCCCCAGGUGGGUAUCCAACUGAAGUACCCCAUCUGAAGGUGGGGGCGGCUGGGCAGCAGGACUCGCCGGUGACUACCCUCAGAGAUUGGGUGGACGGGGUCUUCCACGACCCACUGUUCAGACAGAGUUCCUUUAACCCUGUGUUGUCCAAGCCAGCCAUGGACAGGGCAUGGAUUGGGUUAAAUAGACAGGUGAUGGAAGGCAGAACUCUGGGACAACGUUCUGUUGAACAUGUUACCUCGUCUUUGCAGAAUGUAUAGACUUCUUUACAGAGACUUACAGAGACUUACAGAGACUGCUGUAGAAAGGUAUAUGAACUCCCUGUGAUGGCACAUGCUUCCAUGCCUUUUUUUGUUUUAGAAAAGUGUCAAUACAUCCAUGUAGGCUACAUCAGUGUCAGUAAAUAAGUUCUGCAUACACUUCAAAUUCUUACUACUUUCAGUUUAAAACACAGAUGUAAAUAAGUGGAAAAGAGGGAUUCAAUCCCUUUGGACAGAGAAAAGCAAUGUAGUAGCCUACUCAUUCUUCAGGUAAAAUGAACCCCUCAACAGAUUAGAAAGUGCUGGAAGGUUUGAUCACAAAAACACUGAAAAUAUGUAGUUUUAUGAUGUUGGAGUAUCACAUUAGUCGUUUAUUGGAACUUUGUCAUUCCUACAGCACCGUGGGAAUACCUUAGGGUGAGUAGCCUACUGGCCUACACCGUUUACAGACCUUUUAUAAUAACCAGAUGCAUGAGAGCACCAUUUUUUUCUCUUAAACGAAAUAAAGCAUCAUAUAUGUUUUGCUUAUGAUCACAUCUGAUAUGACUAUUUCACACGUGUAUACAUGUUCUUGCACUAAAGUCCGAUUGCAGUUGUUGAGUCACUGAAAUAAACAA